GGACCGCGCAGCACGCUCGCAUCUGAUUGGCUGAGUCGGGAGCUCCGCGAAUCUUGUCAAAGAUGGCGGCCCUGUGCGUGUGCCGUUUUGCUAGUAGAGACUGGCUGUGGAAAGUUCCCUUGGCUACACGUAGAGACUUUUGGUCUCGAUCCAGAAAGGAGAAAGAGCCCCUGGUGCCUGAAGCAGUAGAGGAAGUGAAGAAAGAACCUGUCUUGGUGUGUCCACCCUUACGAAGCCGAGCGUACACCCCACCUGACGAUCUCCAGAGUCGCUUAGAAUCUCAUAUCAAAGAAGUUCUUGGUUCAUCUCUUCCUAAUAAUUGGCAAGAUAUCUCCCUGGAUGAUGGUCAUGUGAAGUUCAGACUCCUGGCACAUUUAGCUGAUGACUUGGGCCAUGCAGUACCUAACUCUAGGCUCCACCAAAUGUGCAGGGUCAGAGAUGUUCUUGAUUUCUAUAAUGUUCCUGUUCAAGACAGAUCUAAAUUUGAUGAACUCACUGCCAGUAAUUUACCUCCCAAUUUGAAAAUCAGUUGGAGUUACUGAGCAUUUCAAUCAACAAACACACUGAGAUCAUUUACUCUCCUCACUAAGGUGGCUGACAAACCUUUUGAUAUGUUACCCAUCAGAACUCCUCUCGAAACUUCCCUUUCCUAUACUUUUUUUCUCCCUGUAGAACACAUCUUUUUUUCUCAUGAAGAGUCAACAAGGAAAACCUUUUCACAUUUGCUAAUUUCCCCCAAUAAAAUCAAGUUUUGAUAGUUUAUGAAAA